UUUUUCCUCCCAGUACUGGAAAUUCCGUUUACUCUGGAAUUUCGUGAAAUAAAAGGAAAGAGAAAGGUUGCGAUGUAGAGAGAGAGAGGGAGGGGUGGAAGGGGGAGAUUGUGCGAAAACUCGUUCAACAUUGUGACGCGCGUCCCACAUGUAAAUUUCGUUUGCGAAUCAGUGGUGUUUCGGCAAAUUCUCAUUUGCUCAAUUACCACACGUUCCCACAUUCGGAAACCGAAUAGAAAGAGAAAUUGGUUGAGUGCAAAACGAACACAAGCGAGAUGCAAACAAUCCCGUGUAGAAAUUUCCAUACUUUUUCCAUGUUACCUGUUUGGCCCCGAUCGGGGUAUCCCUAUCUGGCCCCAGAUUGGUAAAUCUUUUGGCCCGGACUGGGCCCAGAACUGGCGGUGGUAAAGUAGAAGCACUAUAUAAAUAUCUAUACAAAGUGUAUCUAACCUUGUGAGUUGACAGUUGACAAACAUAAAUUAUUAUUGAUUUAUGAUUAUUGUUAACAUUAAUUUUAAUUGAAUAGAAAAUGCCAAAAGAAAAAAGCACUCGCCGUGUUAAAAUUCACCGUGCAUUGAACAAGAUUAGAAAUGUACAUGAUUUGAUGCAGAAUGAUGGAAAUGAUGCUGACAAUGAAGAAGAAUCUGAAAAAUCUUCACAAAGAGAAACCGAAUCUUCACAAGAAUUAGAAGCAACAAAUUCAUUUAAUUCAAGUGCCGAAAAUGAGUCCGAAAAUCCAGUGGAAGAGAAUGAAAAUGUUUAUGGUAAUAAUGUAUAUUACGAAAAUGAAAAUUCAGGUUCGGAUGAAAGUAUGGUUGUCAGUGCACCAUCAGAAUCAGAAGAAUCUAAUUUAUAUUUAUCAGACACAGAAGACGAAUACAUUGAUGAAAUGAUAGAGGUGGCUGAAGAUCCACCACAAGAAAUCGAAGAUUUGCGACUUAUGGCAGUAACUGAAGGAAUGGAACAGAAGACUGUGGAUAAAAUGCUCAAAAUUUUGCGUUUGAGAUUAUUGCCAGAACUACCUAAAUCUGCAAAAACAUUUUUAGGAACGUCUUCAGCAAAUUAUGACAUUAAAGAAAUGCUGGAUUCAGAUGGGUCAAACGGAGAAUUUGUCUAUUUUGGCAUAGAAGAAGGACUUAAGAAGUGCAUUGACCCUCAAGUGCACAAAAAAACAACCAUUUUCAUCCAAUUUAACGUGGAUGGAAUUUCUGUCUUUAAGUCUGCUGAAAAAGGUUUUUGGGUCUUAUCGGGAAAGGUGCACUACCAACCAGACAUCUACAAGCCUUUUCCUGUUCAAAUUUAUGCUGGGAAUUCGAAGCCAAAUGUAGAUGCCUAUUUCGAUGAGUUUAUCGCCGAAAUAAACAAAUUACAAAAAAAUAGCAUUUUAAUAGCAAAUCAAAGAUUUAAUGUAAAAAUCCACUGCUUCAUUUGCGACACACCAGCACGUGCAUUUAUAAAAGGGACAAAGGGCCAUACAGGGUUUUACUGCUGUGAAAGGUGCAAAAUAAAAGGACAAAAAGUAGACGGAGUAACACAAUUCCCUCUUAUAAAUUCGGAAGAAAGAACAGACUCAUGUUUCAGAAGACAAUCGCAACGACGUCAUCACAAUUACAUAUCUCCACUAUUAAAAAUAAAGCCAUCUGUCAAUAUGAUUCUAAUGUUUGUCCUGGAUUAUAUGCAUUUAUUGUGCGAGGGAAUAAUGCGAAGAUUAAUGUUUAGCUGGUUUAUUAUUUCUGGACGCGCCAAAGUCGGUCAAAAUUUAAAAAAUGAGGUUUCAAGACGACUUGUCUUAAUAAAAAAAUGUAUUCCUUGCGAAUUCCAGCGAAAGACAAGGUCCCUAAAAGCGUUAAGUAAGUGGAAAGCAACCGAGUUCCGAUUUUUUUUGCUAUAUUGCGGUCCAAUAGUCCUAAUAAGAAUCUUAAAUCAAGAUCGUUACAACAAUUUUUUAUUGUUGCAUACAGCCAGCCGAAUUCUAUGUAGCGAUAAUUUAUUAAAAAAUUAUCAGCAGCAUGCAAAAGUCUAUUUACAACACUUUUUUGUUGAGUUGCGAAGGCUUUACACGAAAAUGCAAGUUCUAAAUAUGCAUUGUUCGAUACAUGUUGCUGAUGACGUUUUGUCAAUGGGGUGUAACCUGAACAAAAUUUCCGCUUUUCCGUUCGAAAAUUUUUUAGGAAAACUAACCAGCCUCCUACGAACUCCACAUCGGCCUCUCGCUCAAAUUUGUCGCCGAGUUCAUGAGCUACAAUCAAUUGAUCCUCCUAAACCUCAAAAACCUUACAAAAUUCAGAUUUUAAAAUCUGUUGAUACGGAAAUUUUGAAGUUGAGGUAUAAAGAGUACACAUUAACAACUGAGUCGCCAGAUAAUGUUGUGCUCUUAAAAGACGGAUCAAUUUUUGAAAUAAAAUGCAUAAAUAAAAUUAACGAAGGAAUGGAAAUUCAAGGAAAUAUUUGGAAAAUCAAGGAAUCGUUGUUUAUGUAUCCUACAGAUUCAAAAGACUUGCACAUUUUCCAGUUGGAUAGCAGGAGUAAUCAAUUAUCGACUUUUGAUAUCAAUUUUGUAAAAACAAAAAUGGUUAAAAUCGAAAUCAAUCUAAACAAAAAUGGUCCAAUGAAAUUUUAUUGUAUUCCGCUUCUUCAUUAAUUUUAUUUAACGCAAUAAAAUGAAGUUAAUCAGGGUCUCUACUAAUAGGUAAAUCCGGGAAAUAGCCGGAAGCUUAAUUUGACCGGGA